AUGGCGUGAUCGUUCAUCGUACGGCUGCAACAUUUGUCGCUUGUUUUGUAUUGCACGUAAAUGAACUACGUACAGAAGGUGAUCUCUACCUGUAAAGAUCUCUAUUACGACAUCAAUCCAGCGACUCUAACAGGAGCGAUCGACGUCGUUGUCGUCGAACAGGAAGAUGGAUCUUUCCUAUGCUCGCCCUUUCACGUCAGGUUUGGCAAAAUGGGUGUGUUAAGAAGCCGAGAAAAAGUGAUUGAUAUUCAUAUCAAUGAUGUGGUAGUUGAUUUGCAGAUGAAGCUUGGAGACUCUGGAGUUGCGUUUUUUGUUGAAGAAGUGGAGGAGAAUGUUCCCACUGAGUUGGCCACAUCUCCACUUCCGGGUCAUGAGGAUGCAGCUGAGCUGAUGGCGAAAGGUGUAAGGCAAUUGAAGGAAGAGCUUGCUGCUGCUGAGGCUGCUGAUCAACAUCAUGAACCUGUCAUCACAGACGCAUCUGGAAAACAGACAUUGCAGGGUCUGAAUGAUACAGUGUUCAUGUCUGGAGGAAAAGGUAGAGGGUCUCUUGUGUUGAGAAAGUUUCACAGAGUGGACCAUCCGUUUUCGGACAGUGAGGACAGUUUGUGGCUUACACCAGGAUCCUACAGGUCUGUACGGCAAGGAUCGUGCCCUUUGAGUGACACUGAGGCUGAAAUGCAGCAGAGGAAAGACAAAAUGCUUGCUGACUCACAGUCCAUGGAUGACAGUGUCACAUGGAAUUGGGGUGGAUUACCACAAGAAACACCAAGGAAGAGCAACACACAGGAAAGAACUCCAUCUGCCACACAACCCAUUCCCUGCGAAAAGUCUCGUCGAUUACCAACUCCAAAACCGACAACAGAGGACACCGACAAGAUGGAAAAUCCAACAUUUCUCUCAAGUGUCAUGAGACUUGUCAGUCGACGAAAAUCAAAGAGAUUCUCAGAAGGAAGUUUGGAUAUAGAAGAAGGCAUCUACCUUAACCAGAUUGACAACGAAGAGCAGGCAGCACAAUAUUUUCCUAAAGUUCGUGUAGAAUUAGUUGAAUCAAAGCAGAAUGAGAGUGCGGUGGUGGUAGUGAGUGAUGAGAAGGAUGGUGUGAUUGAUUCGGGAACGUCGUCUGAUCAAGAUGCAGCAACGAGUCCAUUGAAUCAGAGUCAAGAGAUACAGACAGAAGAAAGCAAUCAGAAUGGAGAUAUGCUGUCUGCUAUCGAGUCACUUGGUGAGUUGAAACUUUCUCUUUGUGGUGGCUUGAAGGACCCGGAUACAGUCAUACCUGAAGAAAAAUUUUCACAAUACAAAGUCACGUACGAUGCAUUUUGUGAGAAGCCAAGCAUCCUAAGUGAUCCAAAUUUGGUGGUAAAACUUGGAGGACGAUUUUACAACUGGCAGGUUGCUUUACCCAUGAUUUUCUCAGUUGUAGCUUUUAGGCAGCCACUGCCUCAGAAAAAGAUUAGUGGACUUGUGAAGGAACACAUGAGCAAGAAACGACGACUUGCUUCUUGGUUUACAUGGAGACGUCAGGCUAGUGAGGUUGCAAACGACAGAAAUCAGACAACAGAAACUGCUGUAACACAAUCAGCUAUAACACAAACACAGGUGGGAGUCGAUCAAGAUGACAGAAGUAAGCAUGAAGACAUUACUUUGAUGUCAAGUGACGAGGACAUUAUCAUUGGAGAGGAGGACAACAACACGUCUUCAUCAGCCACACCGAAGAAACAGAGCACCACAAAAGAGUACAGAAAAAGUUUACGACUGUCUUCGGAUCAAAUUAGAUCGUUGAAUCUGCAACAUGGUGCUAACGAAGCCGUUUUCUCAGUGACUACAAAAUAUCAGGGAACGACGAAAGCCAAAUCAACAAUCUAUUUAUGGCACUACACAGACAAGAUAGUGAUAUCUGACAUUGAUGGAACGAUUACAAAGUCAGAUUUGUACGGGCAGAUUUUACCUUUCUUUGGGAAUCCUUGGGCUCAAUCAGGAGUGACUGAGCUGUUUACAAGUAUCAAUGAUAACGGAUAUCAGUUUGUGUACUUGUCUGCAAGAGCCAUUGGACAGGCUCGCACAACACGCGGUUAUCUGAAGAACCUCAAACAGGGAGAAAUCUCACUGCCAGACGGUCCGCUUCUUCUUUCUCCAAGCUCUCUUUACUCUGCAUUCAGACAAGAGGUGAUACUGAAGAAACCGGAAGAGUUCAAGAAGGCGGCACUCAAAGACAUAAAACUACUUUUCCCACCAUCAGUCAAUCCAUUCUACGCCGGUUUUGGCAACAGAGUGAACGACGAAUGGGCAUACAAAGACAUGGGCGUGCCUCCAUCAAGAAUCUUUAUUAUCAACCCGAAGGGUGAGGUGGUUCAUGCAUUGAGCUGCACACUUCAGACAUCCUAUUCAAAACUUAGAGAUCAAGUCAAUACAGUUUUUCCUCCUCUGACUCUCCCUCACUCAACUGUUCCAGAUGAAUAUGCAGACAUUAUGUAUUGGAGAGAUCCACUCUCAUUGCUUGAUGAUGAACAACUGGUUUAGUAAAGCCCAACAAAUGUAGUUUUUUUCUAUUUUAGGCAGGUCUAUUAUCAUGGCUAUAGUUUAGAAUUUAAAUUCAUGUAUCUAUUGGUGAUUUGUAUUUGGGAUUGGUCGGUUGAUGUUAGUCUCAUAAUGUCAAAUCGUGUUCAUUUGAUUUUCAAAUGAAAUUUGUAUGGGAAA